AGUUUCUCCCAGAAACGGCGCAGCAGGACGCCUGUCUGAGGGCUCAGCCGCGCCUCAACCUCUUGCAUGAGAGUUUUACAACGAAAGACAACAACUUGGAAAGUGUUUUCCAGAGGAGUUACAGAGAAACUCAACACUGAAGGGGAGGGGCGGACUGAGCUGAUGGGCUCGGAGAUGAGAUAGCCUUCUGCCUCUCUAUCUAUCUCCCCAUCCGUCUCCUUCCUCCCUCCGGGCUCGGACAGCGACGCACGGUGCCGCUUCUUUUCCGGAUGAUGUAGCAGUUCUGUGACCGGUUGAGUUCGGAUUAUUAUUGUCGCUUUCUGUUCUUUGGUUGUCAGCACAGAGGCAGCCCCGCAUCCUUACAUUUCUCUGGGAUUGAGGCUCAGCGGGACUUUGCGCAGAGUUCAGCCGCAGGAGGCUCUUCACUUCGGGGAUGAUGAGCGCUGGUGCAGCCAUGUGGCAGGGGAUUCAGAUUUGCUGUGCAUUGUUUGCCCUGCAUUCAGCGGCAGCGCCUGCACACAUCAACCGCCUGGCGCUGUUCCCUGACAAGAGCGCCUGGUGCGAAGCCAAGAACAUCACACAGAUUGUCGGGCACACAGGAUGUCAGCCUCGCUCUAUUCAAAACAGAGCCUGUCUGGGCCAGUGCUUCAGCUACAGCGUCCCAAACACAUUCCCACAGUCCACCGAAUCCUUGGCGCACUGUGACUCCUGCAUGCCUGCCCAGACACAGUGGGAAGUGGUGACUCUGGAGUGCCCCGGCAGCGAGGAUUCUCCACGAGUGGACAAGCUGGUGGAGAAGAUCCUCCACUGCAGCUGCCAGUCAUGCAGUAAGGAAAACGCCCAGGAGGGGGCAGUGAUGCAGCUGUCGGCAGAUAACACCCUGGAUUUAGCUCCGUCUGUAUCUGACCCCCUCAUCGCUGAUCCGUCCCACUCUCUGCCCCACUCAGAUACCCUCUCUGACAAACAAGCCCGGCCUCAUGCAGACCAGCAUCACACGCUGCCCCACACAUCAGACGGGGGUUAGAACCAUCACCUGGUUAUCCACAGUAAUGACUGCUCAUCUUUGCUGCCUUCUUCACUCUCCUCCACACUGCUUCUUCUGUACCAGUCUGUAGUAUUGCUAUGGCACUUUAAAUCUUUCUUUGAAGGCAUACACCGUGUUAUCAGAAUGAGCUCAAAUAAACACUACGCACUCUAUUUUUAAACAAUACUUGCAGAUGCCUUAUGACUAUAGCCUGUUGAUGUACUGUAGGACUUUUAUUCUGCUUUGAAUGUAAUAAAUGCUGUUUGUGGUAACUGUC